AAUUUCGAUUUCAGUAUGCAACUAUUUAACAGCUUGUUUCAGGUUUUAGCUCUUGGACUUCUAUUGACUACUGUUGUAGCCGACGUAGUCAGAACGUAUGAUGACAACGUCGACGAUGUCAGGCCAGUAAAAGCCGGCCUUCUGAAUAAUAAACGUGCCCAUUUCGGAAAAGUCAUCCACCGUAUUCCAUCGCCAAAAGAAGCCUGCCCUGAAGAUUAUUCCCCCUGCACCUGUCAACUAACUGUCAAUGGAUUAGAAGUCAGUUGCGUCGAUAUUCCAGUCGACCAAAUCGCCAACGUCUUUUACCGUACACAAACUCUCGAACUUUACCAAGUUGUACUGACGGCUUCAGGAUCGGCUUCGGGCACAGUCGAUUUACCCGCCGACUUAUUAAAAGAUAAACGCGUCCAGCGCAUUUACCUUGGCUGUCCACCCGCCGCGAAUCCCAAACUUGGCCUUACCAUCGAUUCGGCUACUUUUGAAUUCACUAGAUUCACCACCACCGUUUUUGGCAUCCUCAAUUGCGAUCUCUCCACUCAAACAGAUAUGCAAUAUUUGAAUGGGUUUUCUGUCCUCAACACGCUGCGUAUUGACGAUUCGAACAACAUCGAAGCCAUUGCAACUCUGCCUACAACUACAUUGCCGGCUCUCCAGAAGCUGUUUGUAGUUAAUUGCACGGGAUUGGAGAAUGCCGUGUUUCCCGAUUUAACUCCGGCCCGACUAGUGCGAUUGCACUUGCAAGGAAACGGUUUGACGGAUGCAGGUGUUAACAACAUUUUAGUUUCUGUUGGAAGUUCGUCAUCGUCCAGCUCGUUACAAGAGCUCAUUUUAUCAAACGAGUACGCCAUGACGAAAAUUCCAAGGAUCGCUUCUUUUUCCAAAUUGGUUUGGUACGAUGUCAGCUUUAACGCCAUCCCGUACAUGAGCCAAUCGACUUUGGUUUUCAGUUCUCCCGUCAAUUACCUCAAUUUGAAUAGCAUUUCGCUGGGAGCUAUCGAAGGUGGUGCAUUUCUAGGGGAUUAUGGAAAAGCCCUGGUUUAUUUGGAAAACAAUGGCCUAACCGAGUUUAGGGAGGACGUCUUCAAACCGAUGCUGGCACAAAUGGCGGCUCAGGGGUCUGCCGAAGCUGGCAAAGUUAUCGUCACUGGAAAUCCAUUUGACUGCGGCUGCGGAUUGGCCUGGUUGAUCCGUGACAAUCCAUCAUUCGUGUCCUAUGUUUUAAAUGGAGUUUGCGGUGGCUUCUUCAAGUUUGAAGAUCUUAACCCAGAGUCGUAUGCCAACUGUUAGAUUCCCGACACAAUGAAAUUCUUCCUCGUUCUAAUUGAUUUUAUGACAGCUUCCAUUCGCUCCAAAGCAUUAGGUAAAUAAAUAUAAACGCCAAG